CUAGCUGGCAACGCCAGGGGCACAUUGAGCCGGCAUUAUAUAUAGAGCAUUUUGUUUUUAUUAUUUUUAAACACUUUUUACUAGUUUCUUUACAAAUUUACCAUGGCGGCUUUGUGCUUGGACUUUCUCGGUUUUCAGGAGGCGCUAAAGAAGAUGCGAGAUGUGGACGAUAAGAUUAUAUAUGCUCUGAAUGCUCUUCCCACGGAAUCGUUUAAGGGUCAGGUCAACAGCGAGAGCACCUGUCGCGAUCUGUACUCAAAGCUUCAAAAGUCGCACCAGUCCAGGCAAGAUAACAUACGCAGUUGCAUAACCAUAUCGGCUAAUAAUCUGAAGCAACUUAGGGAAAGGCGGGAAGCUCAGCCGGAUGAUGUAGAUACGGAUAGCCAGUUUAAGGCUGAGCAGCGCAAGCUGCGGGUUCUUCAAGCCGAGCUCAAUGUAGAAGAUAUUAUCAAGGAGCGUACCUACAAGACUUUCAAUGAACGAUGCAGAUCCUAUUUUCACGCAGGCCAAUAGCCAAUAUGAAUGCAAUAAUUAGUUUAAGGUGGAUUUAUUAGUUGUAGACUCAAGGAACUGCUCUACCAGGUGGCAUUUACAUAUGUACAUGCACUUGGUUGUUUUAAAAAUUGUUUACAACAAGUACAUGAAUACUACAACUCGAAAA